AUGGGCUUUGCUUUCCGCUCUCCGCCCCCGAAGAUCGUCUUCAACCGGCUGAACGGGAGGCGCCAGCAGGCCGCCGCCGCACAGAGGAGCCAGACCCCGGCCGAGGGCUUCACGCCGGCGCACGAGGAGAACGUCAGGUUCGUCUACGAAGUAUGGCAGGAGGUGGAGAAGAAGCUGGAGGACGGAGACAGAGGAGAGUCGGCCGACGCUCCGGGGCCCGUUCAGUACACCGAGAAGACCCCCAGUGCUGUGAUGAAAAACUUCGUGCCUAUAGACCUGGAGGAAUGGUGGGCUCAGCGCUUCCUCGCCAACAUCGCCAACCUGUCGUGA